CGUUCACCGCGGCAAUGACGUCGGUUAAAGAAUCGGUGAAAGAGGACCCUCAGAUCGAGCAGCCUCCGUUCUCGGAGAAUUCAGAUCUGAAUUCGAGGUGUGAAUCACCUAAACGUGGAACUACUCUGUCGACGAGCACGAGCAGUUUCGAGGCAUUGGAUCCGCACGAUCCGAAUCUCAGUCGUUUAGCUAAUACGAUGUUUCAAAAGACCGGAGAAUAUUUGCAGGAAGAGCUUACUGCCACACACGCCGACUAUCGUUUGUUGGAACGCUUGAACAAGGAAACGAUCGCCAAGUACACCGAGUUAAAGACGAUAUCCUCGAGUGUGGCUCAGUCUCUGGAUGCUUUAAACGAGAAAUACGAGAAAUUGCAACCGAUCUUGGACAAUAUCAACGAGAUCGAUGAUAGUGUAACGAAAUUAGAGCAAGCUGCGUAUAAACUGGCAGCGUACUCGAAAAGGUUAGAAGCCAAGUUUAAGGACAUUGAGAAAGAUGCCAAGAGCAAGUAAAACGUGUAAAUAGAACUGGUUUCCAUUGUGGUAUUUAUUAAAUUAUUGUUUAUUAUUUAAUUAAGAAUGAAAUCAGUUUAAAUACUAUUGCAUUUUCGCUUACGGAGGUAAGAAACGAGGGAGGUUAAAUCCAAUUCUUAUAAUUAAUCAUGUUAGAGUACAGUCUGACACGUACACAUUUCUUUAUAAAGAUUUCGUAAAAAUGU